AUGACACCAUAUUUUGUCGUUUCAGUGCCAGACUCCACCACCCCGCCUGUAGAGCCACCAGGGACUUGCAUCGGCUACGGAGAUCCCCAUUUUGUUACAUUUGAUGGCUAUCCUCAUACUUUUAUGGGGAACUGCACUUACACACUCACCAAGCUCUGUGAAGUCAACAGCAGUUUGACAGAUUUCAAUGUUGAAGUUGCACAUGAGUACAGAGGGGGAAACACUCAAGUUUCCUAUGUCAGCCAAGUCAUGGUGGAUGUUCAUGGCUACAUUAUUACUCUAGAAAAGAAAAAGGUUGUAAAGUUGAAUGGAGAGGAAAAACUGCUCCCACUGAACUUGUCUCCUGGUAUAUCAGUUGGAUUUAGUGGCCAGUAUGUUGCUGUCAUAACAGACUUUGGCCUGAUGGUGAAGUAUGAUGGAGAUCACAGGGUUGAAGUUACUCUUUCUAAAGCAUAUCAAGACAAAGUGUGCGGUAUCUGUUCAAAUUUCAAUGGAGAGAGAUCAGAUGACACUCUUAAUCCUAAUGGUAUUAAGGAGCCAAAUUCUGAAAGCUAUGGCAACAGCUGGCAGGUCCAGAACAACUCAAGCUGUUCCCUGGCCUCUAAAUUUGACCCACAAUGCACUGAAGAAGAACAGAGGGAAAUAGAGAGUCACCAGUCCUGUGGCACUAUGCUACCCUUUGAUGGGGUAUUCCAACACUGCCAUCUAAUUGUAGAUCCAAGGCCUUAUUUUCUAAACUGUUAUUAUGACAUGUGUGCAUUGCAUCUGGAUCCAAAUACUCUUUGCCGCCAUCUUCAGGCUUAUGCAGAUGCAUGUCAAGCUGCAGGUGCCAUAGUGCUACCUUGGAGAAAUGCUACAUUCUGCCCCCUGUCGUGUCCUGCAAAUAGCCAUUAUGAGCAAUGUGGCACAUCAUGUCCAGCCACGUGCCUUAAUCCAGGAGCGCCAUCAAACUGCAAUCUCCCAUGUUCAGAGGGAUGUGUCUGUGACCCAGGAUAUGUUCUAUACAACAAUAAGUGUGUUCCAAGUAACCAGUGUGGCUGUUGGGUAGAUGGUAAACAUUAUCCAGUUGGCUCUGAAUUCUGGACCGAUAACACAUGUACUACACAAUGUCAAUGUCUAGCACCAGCAAGUGAUGUAGUCUGUAGAUCUGACAGUUGUCCACCAAAGAACUUUUGUGGCGUAGUAAAUGGAGUUCCUGAAUGCUCUGAGUUUACAUUCGGUGAAUGCAUCAUUUAUGGUGAUCCCCACUAUUACACUUUUGAUAAAAUGACACAUCAUUUCAUGGGGAUAUGCACCUACACUCUGGCUAAGCUUUGUUCCAACUCCUCUUCGCUACCCUAUUUUAACGUUGAAGCAAAGAACGAGCAUCGUGGGAAUCCAACAGUGAGUUACGUGCAGAAAGUAAUGGUAGAAGUCUACGGUUAUCACAUAACAAUUGUUAAACAUGAGCCAGAUCGGGUUUUGCUAAAUGGAAUCUGGAGGACUCUACCUAUCAUCUUGCGAAAUGGAACACUGACAGUGACAAGAAGUGGGACAUAUAUCCUUGUAGAGACAGACUUCUUACUCACCGUGUCUUAUGAUACAGAUCAUACUGUAGAGGUGAAGGUUCCAACAAUUUAUUUUAAUCAGACAUGUGGCAUGUGUGGAAAUCUGAAUAAUGACUACAAUGAUGAGUAUCUUAUGCCCAAUGGACAACAAGCCCCGGAUACCAAUCAGUUUGGGAAUAGUUGGAAGGUAGAUGAUGAUGACCCAACGUGCACACCUGUGCCUCCACCCCCACCAUGCCCUCCAGAAAUAGAAGAAUCAUAUAAAAGUGAUGCUUUCUGUGGAAUCCUAAAAAGCAAAGAAAGUCCAUUCCAAGUUUGUCAUUCAGUCAUCAAUCCUGAUCCUUUCUUUGAAAGUUGCGUAUUUGACCUCUGUAUUCUUGGUGAUGAUGUUCUAUGCACUGCUUUAGAAUCCUAUGCUGCUGCAUGCCAGAGCGUUGGAGUCAAAAUUAAGUGGCGAAAUUCAACCUUUUGCCCUCGUGAUUGCCCGAUUAACAGUCAUUACAAUGAAUGCUCCAAUGCUUGCCCUAGCACAUGCCUAAACCAGAAUGCAUCUGACCACUGUAACAAACCAUGCAUUGAGGCCUGUGAUUGUGAUGAAGGCUUUGUUCUUAGUGGGAGUUCAUGUAUUCCUGUCAGUGACUGUGGAUGUUCUUAUGAUGGCACAUACUAUGAGAAAAAUGAAAUGUUUUGGCAAGCAGAAUGUGUAGGCCGGUGCACAUGCAUUGGAAACAAUCAGGUUUAUUGUACGAAUGAUUCUUGUGGGCCAGAUUUUGCAUGUAAAGUUCAGAAUGGAGUUCUUGGAUGUUACCCAGCAGACAGUAACAUCUGCCACAUUUAUGGUGAUCCGCACUAUAUAACCUUUGACGGAAAACUGUAUGAUUUCCAAGGAUCUUGCAAUUACACAGUGGUAGAAACGUGCAAGAAUACAUCUGAGUACUUCUCGGUCACAGCAAGAAAUGAACACAGAGGAAGCCCGAGCUGGACAGUUUUAAAUUCUGUAGCUGUUAGAAUUGGCAACCAUCAUAUCAUUCUAGGAAAGAACAAAAUUGUUGAGGUCAACGGAGUACAAGUUUCUUUACCUUAUACCUCAAUACCAGGCAUCUCAAUAACCCUAAAUGGUUAUGUCAUAGUGAAAACCGACUUUGGACUUGAGGUGAAAUUUAACGGUGACCAUGAACUAAUUGUAAAAGUGAAUGAAAAUUUCAAAGGACAGCUCUGUGGUCUUUGCGGCACUUAUAAUGGCAAUUACUUGGAUGAUUUCCUAAAGCCUGAUGGUUACCUGGCUCAGAAUCCAAAUGAAUUUGGAAACAGCUGGCGUGUCCCUGAUGAUAACUGGAGCUGUGAUCCCAACACUGUUGAUCCCCCGCCAUGUGAUCCUGUUGAUGAGAAGCAUUAUGAGGAGCAGUGCAAGUUGGUAAUAUCAAGUAAUGGACCAUUCGCGGCCUGUCACUUUUUUGUCCUUCCCCAGCUGUAUUUUCAGAGCUGUGUCUAUGACCUGUGUGCUGCAGGAGGUAGUUUGGAGCAGUUUUGCAAUGCUCUGGAGGCUUAUGCUGGUGCUUGUGAAAGUGCAGGGGUACAACUCGGAGACUGGAGAAAGGACACCAUCUGUGCACCGACACCAACUCCUGUUCCAUCCUGUCCCUGGACUUGUGAUUUUGAUGCUGAUUUCUGUUCUUGGACUCAGUCUAAACUCGAUGAUUUUGACUGGAUUCGUCACAAAGGAUCAACACCUACACCUAACAGUGGACCUUCAUAUGAUCAUACAACCAGAAAUGGUUUCUACAUAUACAUUGAUGGACGUUCCACCAGUGCUGGACAAAAAGCACGCCUCCUCUCUCCUAUUUGCAAUUCUGGAGGUCACCAUUGCCUAAGUUUUUGGUAUCACAUGUAUGGGGUAGCGCAAACAAUGGAAUUAAAUGUAUAUGUUGUAAGGAAUGGGAUAGAAGAAUUGGUGUGGAAAUUAACUGGCCAUCAAGAGGAUACAUGGUUGCCUGCAGACAUUCAAGUGGCUGACAUGAGAAAUGUUCAGGUGAGGUAUAAAUUAUACGCUAGAAAAGUCAUACUGAGUAUUUCAUAUGAUUUUUGUAUCUGAAUUUUAGAUUUUAAUUUGAUAAUAUACUUGAAUAUACUA